UAAUUUGCGGGAACAUUUUACGUGGUUGCUCUUUUACAGCAAGGUGCGGUCCAGAGAGGACUGAUGGAAAAAAAAAUCUGAUGUGAAAUCGCAUGGAAAUUACUCGGCAAUAAAAAAUACCGGUUAUUUUAUGACCUGCAAUAAGAAAGUGAAGUGCCUCUAAAUAUGUUCAACAAAAAAAUUUAAAAAAUGGGUAAUGCGUUUGAUUUACACGAUCACAUUGGCUAUGCAGGUGAAAAGGUGAACAGUUACAAUAAGGAAAGUAGCCUAUACAAUGACAUUUUAUCGGCUAUUUGUUAUUAUUUGCAUAGCUUUCUAAUCCAAACCUAGUAUCCUGACACAUCUUAUUGAAAGAGUACAGAACGUCCUGCUUGUUUACUCUUUAAUUUGCAGAACUUAUAUUGAGUGUCAGCCGAGAUAUAUGUAUUUUUGUCGUAUUAUCAUUUGAGGAAGAUUAAUAUACAUGACGUAAAAAUCGACUGUGUAAUAUUUAGAGACCAUUUACGUAGCCUAUUUAGAUUUUAUAUGAUGACACGAGGGAAAUAAGUCACUCAGCUAGUCUCUUAGGGCAACGUCCACUUAUUUAUCCUUUUCACGCGGUUUUCACCUGAAGGUGAGGUGCUCCCGUUUGCACCUGCAACACAACACACGCGCGCUUUGGGGGAUGAGGUUGGUGUGGUGGUGUGUUCAAUGAAAUCACUUAGCCUAUUUAUUUAUUUAUUUAAGUUUUUUCUAUUCACGUACAUGUCUGUGAAACUUCCCAUACAAUCUAAAUGCAUGUAUGCCUCAAUCCAGAUCUGACUUUGGUUUGAUCUGUCAAAGUGGGAUGAAAUGAACACGCACGAGUUUUUUGGUGCUUCCGUUGUCUGUUGAGGUUUGUGGUCCGCAGCGCCCAGCCUCGGCUUUGGCAGUGCCAAAAAAAACAUUAACGUGUGGUUCCUUGCUGUCACGCUCCUUCUUAAAUGAUGGGAGUUAAGGCCAGGGCGGGCGUAUAAAGCAGUGAUGAGGGCACGCAUCAACCUUAUUACAACCCCAGUUCUAUAUUUACCGACAGGGAGGUGCUCGAUUUGCAUUCUCACAGGAAACUGAGAUCAGUUUUCUCAGAUACCCUGGCCUCGCCUGUUCCUUACUUUGUUUUUGACUUGCUUCUUAACAAUUGUGGUGCAUCAUCGUUAGAGGGAGAAGGCAAAAAAAAGAAACAUCCAUAGCAUGUAAUUAGAUUAUAGUGGGGCUCCGUUUUGGGACUACAACAAGCACUCCAGAAAACAGGUAACUCUCCCAGCACAGCUGUUUGCUCCAGGCUGCUGUAUGUGGAUAUAUGCAGCACUACACACCAGACAGCUAAACACCCAGGUGUUGACAUGGAGAAGCUUUGCACGCACUGCCGGGAGCCCAGAGACGGCCAGAGCCUUUGCACCUUGUGCAACAAGUGGCUGUGCUACCAGUGCACUGACAUGCACCAGGACCACAGGCCCGCCGGCUCCCUGCUGCAGAUGGACCCGGGCAAGAGGCCAGCUCAGUCUGGCUCUGGGUGCUGGUCGAAUGGCAUUCCCUUCUGUCACUUCCACAAGCAAGAGCCCCUGGACCUCUUCUGUGAGUCAUGUGACCUCCUGUCAUGCAGCAGCUGCCAUCUGGCCACCCACAGGGACCACAGGGUCGUUCACGUGAGAAAGGCCCUUCAGAACCAGCUGUGGCUUUUUGAGAACCUGAUGGUCCAAGUGGAGGACAAGAAGUCCACUGUGGAGAACACGGCCAAGCAGGUAGAAGACAGGUUGCACGGGGUGAAAGUCAUGCAGAGGAAGGCAGAAAACCAGAUCAAAAUGGCCAAGAUGAUCAUGAUAAACGAACUGAACAAACGCGCCAAUCUAUUAAUAGAACAGCUGGAGAAAGUCUCCAAUGAGUUCAGGCAGCGCCUGGAGGACCAGCUGCAGGGCAUGAUCGAGCUCUGCAGUCAGCUGAGCCACGUGCAGAACUUCAUCAGCUGGGCCUCGUCCCACCACCAGAGGAACCCCCUGCUCUUCAGCAAGGAGCUGAUCACCUUCCAGAUGCAGCGCAUUCUGGAGUCGCAGCUGCGCUAUGACCUCGACCCCCCUGUGAAGAUCAAGUUUAACUGGGACGCCAGCCUCUGGACCAAGCACAUUUCCACUUUUGGUGAAUUGACAGCUGAGGGAGGAAGCCGAAGUCAUUCAAUGGGCGUGGCCUGUUCCAGUAUCCUAAAGCCUCAGCCAAUCCCCUGCUCAGCUCUGGCCAGCUCUCUAUGUCCCAGAGCCGUGGAUCAGAGCUGCGGCUUCCAAGCCCGCUUCCAGCCCCAGAUGUGCUGUUCGCACUGCGUGAACGUCCCUGUGGGCCCUGCACCCCACCCUGACCUGCUGAUCGGGAACAGCCGGGGGUCUUCCGGGGAGCACCAGGGGGUCAGGUGCCACCCCAUGGCUGCUUCGUACCCUGAGAGGACAUUGCAGCAUGUCCCGCUGCUGCCGGAGAUGCGGCCUGCGGCGGAGCUGGACAGGAAGCAGCCCGAGUCGAGCGCAUGCACCGUCGCAUGCGCGCAGUCCAGCCAGCCCCUCCCUCCCCAGGGUCGCUGUGACCCCCAGACCCCGCCUCCUCUCUCUACCCACGUGCCCCAGUACCCCCAGACCCCGCCUCCUCUCCCCACCCACGUGCCCCAGUGCCCCCAGACCCCGCCUCCUCUCUCCGCCCACCCAUCCCAGAGCCCCCAGACUCCGCCUCCUCUCCCCGCCCAGUGCCCCCAGCCGCCGGCCCUCGCGCAGAUCGCCUUAGCCAGGCCUCCGGACGACCGUCUGCGCAGGUCCAGCGGCUCGUCCCCCAAGGAGCCGCAGCCCGCGCAGUCCAGCUUGCAGCUCCUGCUGCAGUCGCCCCAUCAGCUGCAGACGGAGCGGCUUCCCGGCAGGCAGGCGCAGACGGCCGCAGACCCCGCGCAGACGGCCGAGGGCUGGAGCGGCGCAGACGCGGACGCGGCCUUCCAGAGGAGCGCGGCGGCCAAGGCCACGCCCUGGAGCGGAGUCGGCGCGGGCCAGCGGCAGACCAGGGAGCUGGCACCCGCCCAGCCCCGAGCCCCCCCUGCUCGCGGGGCCCGCUCGGACCGCCCUGCGGCCGAGCCCGCGCAGCCCCCCCAGAGCGCCAGCGGUUGCAGGGGCCCUGCUUCAGACGAGGCCUUCCCUCCCAAUGCGCCCUGUGUAUCCGGCUCACUGUGGAGGAGGGGGCACAGCUCCCAGAGCUCCUCAGAGGAACCGGCUGCUGCAGCGGCUCCCCUGGAAGCCUGCCCCCCGCUGGUCACCACCAGCAUAGCAGCAGCAGCCCAAGCAGCACAGGAUAACGAUGCCCUGGCCGGUGAGAAGAGGGAGGAAGCAGAGACUGGCAGGGCCGGGCAGGGCGUGGCCCAGGUCAUGACCUCUACCCCAACCCCGAUUUCCUGCUCUCCAGAGCCGCGUUCCUCCUCCCUGCCCCCCUGCAAGGCAAAGCCAGGGAAAGCACAUACAUGUGAAGGCACUGGAAUGACAGAUAGAGCGAGGCUCCGGAUAUCAAGGAAGCGUCGGCAGGAUAUCAGGGCUGCCAAGGAGGGUCCGAAGUCUCAGAAAUUUUCGAAGGGCCCGAAGGCGUCGAAGGCUUCGAGGGUUCCGCUGGUGUGCCUGGAGCGGCUGCGCGUCCGUCUGACGCCCAGACAUCCGGCCGCCACCCGCCCGCCGCUCCGCGGGCGCAGGCCUCGUGGCCCUCUCCCGGAGCCACCAACAGAGGGCGCUGUUGCUCCAGAACCGCCAGGGAGCCCCACCUCUGAGGAACACCACCAAAAGGGAGAACCUGAUGAGAAUGCAGAAGUGCGCACAAAGGUCAGUCAGUCAUCAUCACAAGAAGACUGGCCAAAGGAGCAGCCAGCCAGCCGACCCACCAUCAGCUCUGUAGGAGCAGCUUCUGAUCCUGAGUGGGAGAGAUCACCAGAGGGGCCCUCCCUGCCUCCAGCACCACAGUCAGAUCUGGAGUCAGAGUCUGGCACUGAGCCGCAGUCUGAAUUGGAUCCACAUCUAGAAUCAGAACCAGAUUUGGACUCAGAGCCCGAGCUUGCAUCCGAGCAGCCGCCCGAAUCAGAGCCCAGUCUGGAAUCCGAGCCACAGCCGGAAUCGGACUCGGCCAUGGAACGCGAGCACCGGCCAGACCCGUCCCCAGACCCAUACCGGGAACCCGACCCUGGUUUGGAAUCGGAUGCAGAUUCGGAACGGGAUCUGGAACCAGCGCCCGAUUUGGUGUCAGAGCCAGAAUCUGAGUCAUAUCAGGGCCCAGGAGCGGACGUGGAUUUGGGUCCAGCUGCGGAGUCUGGGCCGGUUCCAGGACCCGCGUCUGAACGAUCGGGACCGGCGAGCAGCGGGGAGCACACCGAUAGGCCGGUGGUGGUGGCAGAAGAGGGUGGGGUCGAAGAAGAGGCGGAGCAGAUGGAGAACGAGGACUUCUGCGCUGUGUGUCGAAACGGAGGGGACCUGCUCUGCUGUGACCACUGUCCCAAGGUCUUCCACCUAUCCUGUCACGUCCCUCCCCUCCUCAGCUUCCCCACAGGCGAUUGGGUGUGCUCCCUGUGCCGGGACGUCCUGCAGCCGGAGAUGGAGUACGACUGCGAAAACACGCGCCUCUCCGUGGAUCACGCGGGAAUGGGUGGGACCGAUGGACUGGUGGACAGCGACCAGCGGAGGUGUGAGAAGCUGACGCUGUUCAUCUCCUGCAACAUCCUCAGCGCUCCCUUCCACGAGCCGGUCAGCCCACUGGCCCGUCAUUACUACCAGAUAAUCAAGAAGCCCAUGGACUUGUCUGUGAUCAGAAGCAAGCUCAACAGGAGGAGCCCGUCACACUACUACAAUCCCCAGGAAUUUGUGGCCGAUUUCUUCCUGAUGUUCAGAAACUGUGCAAAGUUCAAUUAUCCGGACUCCGAGGUGGCCCAGGCAGGCCGCAGUCUGGAGGCCUUUUUCGGCUCCAAGCUGAGGGAAGUGUUCGGCGGCAGAACCUUCCCGGUGCCAGAGGACGACUCCGACAGCGAGGAGUACGAGGAGUUCUACAGGUCAGGUGCGGCCGGCUUCCCCUGGCCGGACAGGAAGGAACACUGUCACAGGAAGAGGAAGAGACGGCAUUCCCUCAACUCAAGGAGGCACCAUGUUUAGCAGGGGCCACACAAAUUUACUAAAAAAAAAAUAUGUCUCGGCAUGUGAUGUUUCUACUAAAGCAACAAGAUUUUUUUUCCUGUAUUAUUUCAUUUUUAGGAAGCACAUAUUUAGACUGAGUUAAUCUUCUCGUUCCUUUCUUACUGAAACUACAUCUGCGCUACUGCAGAUGAUUUUACAAAAUUCGCUUUCUGAUAAAUCCAUGGCUAAAAUAUCUAUUAUCUUAUAUCUUUAUAAAAUCAUAUUUUUAGGGUGUAUCUAUUUAUUGUAAAUAUAUAUUUAGUGGGUCUGCCUGUCAUUCUUACACCAUAUAUUCACUUAAAUUCUCAAUCACCCUGUUACAGUAUGUACUCUGUAUUUGUUAUCUUGGCAGCUAAAAGGAUAAACAUUGUUAAUGAAAAUGAUACAUGCUACUGUUAUUGAUGUAAGAUAUUACAUUUUCAAACCAAAAGCUUGAGGCUUAAGCUUUUUUUUUUUUUCUUUAAUUCUUACACGAUAUGUUGUUAAAAGGUAAGAGAGUAUUUUCCAUCAGUGGCCUGUCCCAAUUCACCACAAGAGCUUUGAUGGCCAUUGAUUUGGGGUUGAAUUAUGGGCACCAGCACCAUGGCAUAAUAUGCCAUUUAGUUGUACGCGAGGACUAAUAAGUAAAGAGAACGUCUGAAAACACUCGGAGCCUUAGAGUCAAAUUGAAGUGAUAUAAAUACAUUUUUCUAUUGAAACAAGCUAAGCUACAUACAUGCAUUUUCAUUUAUGGAGUGUAAUUAGAUUAAGGUUGUUUGAAGCAAGAACGGUUUUAUGAAAUGGCUGUAAUUUGCUCACAUGGCUGCCAUGUUUCAGGAGUUUGAAGGCAAAGGGAAGGUGGACAGAAAGGGCGGGGCUGGUGUGGAGUUCAGUGAGUCCAGCGCCUCCCUGUAAGAGUUUCUGAGUGAGCUUGCUGACACAAGCCUUUGAGAGGGGCAGCUGGCCUGUUUAAUAUGAUGCUUACUUAACCGCUACAGUUAUGAAAAUAUUAAUUGUGUAGACCAGCCUUAUUGUUAAGUAUUUAAUUAGCAAAAAAAAAUGCUCUUUGUUAGAAACUAAAGUGAAUGGAUUUUUAUAUCUAUUACUUAUAAAGCACAUAUGUGUUUCUGAGAAAAGUCAUUGAAAUAUAUCAUGUUGACAUGAGUUGAUGUUCCAAUAAAUUUAGCCUGGAUUGUA